GUGAUCGUGACAGGAAUGAUUCGACAAAAAAGGGCGAUAGUUCUCGAAGUGUAGAAGUGCAAAUACCUAUUAUAAAGCUACUAGAUUCAAUUAUUUUCAUUAUUUCUUUAGCCAUUAUUUGAUAUAAGGUAAUUUCGCGAUAUGCAGUAUAUUCCGUUUGUUAUCACUAAUUCUGAAUUAUCUUGAAUAUUAAUUUAGAUCGUUAUAGCUUAUAGCAUAUAACUGACCGAACGGUUGUGUGAAUUCGGGUGUCGGUUCCAGUUAUACACGUUCACAACCAGGUUUGUCGUUAGAAGCUUAGAUCCACAAACGAGGACGUAGAAAGGAGGAAAUAAAAUAGCGAAAGAACUAAACGUAAGUGAACUUAUGAUAAAACCGGAUUGAACUUAAUGAGUUUGCUUUAUAGGAAUUUUUUAAUGAACGCAAUAAAACAUUAAGAAAUUGGAACUUCGUUAUCUCCUUUGGCUACUCCGACCCGUUGACCGGCGAGUCAACAAUUUAAAAAAUUCGUUUAUCCCAAACACAACGAGGCGAUGCUUGGGCGAACGCCAAUGAAGACGAGGAGCACAACUGCGUCCCGUGAUGCCGCAGGGUCUACACGAAGCGAGAUCGGUUGUAUCGACGGUAGUCAACACUGCAAAGCCUGUACAGAUGAGGAUAAUACUCGCAUGGUCCAGUGCGACAAGUGUGACGACUGGUACCAUUUCGAGUGCGUGGAAGUGAGUCAAGGUGUUGCAACGCGCGAUUGGCAAUGCCCCUGUUGCAUGCAGGCCACCCAAGGAGCUAGGAAGAAAAGUUCAGCAAAGGUAACAUCUGUAGAACCAGCCGUGAGUACGUCAGCUUCUGUAAACCCGUCUAUAAGAGUGACAUCAGUGCCACUGACUAUCGUUCCCCAAAUUCCUUCAAGUUUACCCGCCUUGCCCCAACAAACAACCAGUGAUAAUGUUAACGAUUCUAUGUUAACACACGUUCCAUCGAAUAUCAUGUUUCCGCCUAUGCCUGCCAAUAAAGCUAGUAAUAUACCGAAUCCCCCAAAUGUCUUUGCGACCAGUACGUUUUUCGCGCCCAGUAUGCUCAUGCCACCAAGCAUAUUCACACUUGCCGGCGGUACAGUUCCCUUCAAUCCGCUGCCUACCCCAUCGAAUCCGUUAAUACAGUCGACCAUAUGUUCUUCCAAUGCAUUCCCGGAGAUGGCGAGCAUCAGACAGUGCCUGCCAGUAUCAUCUGGACAUCCACCAAGACCAGCAGUAGUGAACAUUCCCCUGGCAUCCAGCACCAUCAUUCCAACGACUGGGUUAUUAGUUGGACAACCUUCGAACGAGCCGCUGAAAUCAACGUUGGAAAUACCCCGAAACAACGCGAAGCAGGGUUUUGGGGAGACAUCGAGUCAGCAUUCAGGAGCUUCGAGAAGAUCUACCAAACAGAGACAACUGGAGUUGGAGUUGAAAAUGCUGGACGAAGAGAGGAAGUUACAGGAAGAAGAGGAUGCGAAGAAGCGUGCAUAUCUUCAGAAGCGGUACGCUUUACUUUUGGAGAUUGCCAGCGAAACAUCAUCGAUAGUUGGAGCUGAAGAUGGAGCAAUUCAGGAUCGAGUAGAUGAGUGGAUCAACAACGGGAUGGAUGAGGGACAACGAUCAGAUCAGCCGGGACCAAAUCGGGAGUUGUUAGACCUUAAUGAAGCAGCUCAUCCGGCGUCAAGGAAUGUGCAUCAAUGUUAUGCUCAGACCGAUAUCGUCAACGACCAGCGCCGUAACGCAUUAUUGCCGCAACCGAGAACGAUUCCGACAGCGACGAGACAGCGAAAUUUCGACAUUCCUUCAAGCCAACCUACACACGGAAGUUCUAACCACCCUAUGAUGUCCAACCUCGGGGGACGUCGUCCUAGCAUUGAUAUUCAGCUAAAUCAACGUUCGAGAGUCGUCAAUUCACCAGGGCUCGGUCGAUCCUCUUUAAGGCGAGAAGUGUACGAUGAUGAUGCUGAAGGAAACAAUCUAACUCGUAGUCAAGUUGCUGCUCGUCAAGCGGUUUCUCGAGAGCUACCGACUUUCAGCGGGAUUCCCGAAGAGUGGCCGCUGUUUUUCUCUUCGUUCACUACUACGACCAACAUGUGUGGAUACACAGCGGAGGAAAACCUUGUGCGUUUGCAGAAAUGUCUAAGCGGAAAAGCCUUCGAAGCCGUCAAGUGUAUGCUGAUGCACCCGAUGAACGUCACUCAAAUAAUCUCUACAUUGAAGAUGCGUUUCGGAAACCCAGAGAUCAUCGUGCACAACUUAAUGGCUAAAAUCAGCUCAACGCCAGCACCGAAGGCUGAAAAACUGGAUACGAUUAUAGAAUUUGCUCUCGCCGUCCAGAAUUUAUGUGCGACCAUUGAAGCAUGCCAGCUGGACGAGUAUUCCUACAACGUGGCGCUUCUCCGUGAACUGGUUGAAAAGUUACCAGCAGCUAUCAAACUAGAUUGGGCUAGAUAUCGGCGCAAUUUUACCACUGUGAAUCUUUCCGUUUUCUCCAGCUGGUUAUACGAACUUGCCGAAGACAUUUGUCCGCUUGCUGGGCUGCCCAUGGACACCAAGGCUCAGCGAAUAGCAAGAAUAGCAAGAAACAAUCAACAUCAUUCCUGUCUAAGACUGUAG